CUCCUUGUAAGAGAGUGCUCCAGAUCCCUCAUCAUUUUUGUGCCCUCUGCUGGACCCUCUCCAGCAGCUCCCGGUGUUUUUUGUACCGCGGAGCCCAGACCUGGACCCAGCACUCCAGAUGUGCCGCGCUAGGGCCGAGCAGAGGGGGAGGAGGAUUUAAAGGACGAGAAGCCAAUGAGAGGCGGCUUUCCUGCCUGGGAGCCUGGAGGAGGCGGCGGCGUCGGUGGGACGAGGGCCGGAUCCCGCGGGCACCGCCGGAGGAAGGGGCAGCCCGGCGGCCGGGGACCGUGCGCGGCGGGGCCACGCUUCCAGCAUGCUGCUCGCACGGACACCGCCCCGCCGCGCCGAGUCCCAGACGUGAAGCUUCUGUGCUCUCCUGGGGACGAGGGGACAACCUGUUAGAAGCAGACGUGGUUCUGAUUUCCUCGGAAGAAGCACAAAAGGAGAUGUUCUGUUCUUUGAAAAUAACUGGAGCCACUGGCAAGAAGCAGCGACGCUGCAUCGAACGAGGGAACCGCUUCCAGGUUAUCAAACCAUGCUGCUGAACUGAAUUUUGCAGCUGCAUCUUCCAGCGUACCAUGGGAUGCAUCAAAUCCAAGGCUGCCUUCCAAGGUUCCAGCGCUGUCCAGGAUGAGAGGAUCGGGGGAGGCGGCGAGGGGUGCACCGGGGAGAAGUCGUCGCUGCUGGCGGUGCAGGCGGAGGAGAAGGGCCCCUCGAGCGCCAUCGUGCUGGACUACGCGCACCGGCUGUCGCGCGAGAUCCUGGAGCAGGCCGUCAAGCAGUGGGCGGUGACCGAGAGCAAGUACAGCGACAUCCCCUUCAUCGAGAGCGACGUGCCCUGAGCCCUGCUGCCGGCACGGAGACGGCACCCCCAGCUGUCCUCUGAGCAUCGCCGUGGGCAGGUGUCUGCAGGGAGAGCCUGAGAAAAUCUGCCUUUUAGCAGGGAUUGCUAACAAACUACUUGGAUCGCAGUAGAUCCGGCUCAUCGAGCGUCGUUCGUUGUCAGCCACGUGUUGAGUGUACCGUCUCUUUGUGCGUGUCGGGUGUGAGCAGGAAUUGGCGUUAAAAGGAGGAUGAGAAGACUGUGGCUGCCCUGCACCUCUACAAGCACUGCCACAGAGGACAAAACGUGGAUUAUUUCUAUGUCCUGCAUAAAAGAUGGGAGGUCUGUCUGUAGGUGAGAUGAACUCUCUGUGCUUGGUGAAUUUGUCUGCGUUUCGCUGAAGUGAAAUCAAGGUCUGCAUGUAGCAAAGGUUACUGCUAUCAUAAAUUUUACUUUUGGUUCUGUGACCUAACUAAAUCUGUAAAAUCACAAAAUCAUGAAGGUGAUGGGAGGCACUUUGUAAACCCCAGUAGUAUUCAGGGAGCCAUUUGGAUGAUGAUGCUAUUCACCUUCCAGUGAAGUGAACCAGUGAGAAACGUGCCAGUGUCAAUAAGCAGUGCAUUAUCAUUAACAGAUGCUUCUGUAAAUGCAUGAGAGCUUGUCUCUAAAACCCUGUAGUAAGAUAGGUUAAUGACAUCUGGUCGCUGUGAUCAGACCAAAGCUGUUUGGUUUUUUUGGUUUUGUUUGGGGUUUUUUUGUGUUAGGGUGCCAGUUUGGGAGGAUUUGGUUUUGUCGUUUUGCUGUAACCCAGAGAGAUGUGCAAAAACUACUGACGGUAACUAGUGAGAGGAACCUCCAAAGGUGUGGCAGUGCUUUAGGACAGUUUGCUUCACGGCAGCUGUGGCUGCAUUACACUGCAAUUCCACUCUGUAGCACCACCCUUGGGACAGGACGUCUUCCUUCAGCUUCUGUAGGCUGCUGCUUCCCCAUGGGAAAACCUGUUGAUGGCAAUGCCAGCAGGAUUCCCAGCCCCGAGCAGUGCCCUGAAUGCAGAGUUAGGGACUGAGCCUUAGGCCCAAAGCUCAAGGGCUGUGUUCCUCCCCCAGUGCAUCCACACACAGACUCACAGCCUGAGCCACUGCCCUCACAGCUGGCGUUUGACACAUCAGGACACCCAUGGAUUAUUUUCAUUCACCCCAAAGGUACAAUGUUGCUGAUGUUUUAUACAAUGGAAAGGCCUUUUAACAGCUUGGCUUUUACCACUUGUUUGUUCCUUUCUCUGUGAUGCCCAGUUUAAAAGACAUCGUUCUUUUUCCUAGAUCAAAAUGUUUUCCAUUUUGUUUUCAUUUUAUAGAGAAAUGCUUUCCACACUGGCUAAAGCUGUUACUAUUUUUAAAAAGUACACAUAGUUCUAGUAAAUGAUCCAAAGCAUGAUUUUUCAAGCAAUGGGAAGCAAGCAGAAAGAGGACCAUGUCAAAUGCUGUAGACACUCUAUGAAUUGAGCUGCUUUGCAAAUGUUGCGACACAAACUUAGGUAUUUGAAAUUCACCGAUAUGGGGAAGUGAUUUUAUCAGGAAUGAAGGGUGAAAAAUGCUUCUCUGUGACACAGCACAAGGCUGCCAUUAAAUCCCAGAGACCAGACUGGAUUCCCAGUGAUUCCCUGCUAUUAAGGCUGUUCUCAGGCUUUUGCUGGAAAAGGGAACAAAAUCAGCUUAUGCUGUAAUGUCGUCCUCUUUGAAGUUACGUAGUCGUCUUCAAAUUCAUUUGCAAACUGGGACUAAGGUUUUAUGGUUGACUUAAAUUCUCCUGCUAAGAGUGAUGUUCCUUCAAGUUCUACAGCAUAUGGAGCAUUUGAUCACACUCUGUUUGCUCUAAAAUACCUCCAUAUAUUAGUGUGAGUUAGAAAGCAAAGCCAAAACACUGAUCAAGUCAGUACAUAUCAAUUGGAAAUUGCUUCAGCACAGUAUUAAAAAGAUUCAUAUUCUUAUUCUAGCUAAAAUAACACUUUUUAACAAAAAAGAAAAAAAAGGGCCAACCUUUCUAACACGAGUGUGGGCUUGAGAAUGUGAACACUGCUAACCACAGUAAUUAAAAUUAAAAAGCCAAAGCUGCACAGCCAUUGUUGGCCAGGCAGGCGAGGAGCAGGUAGAAAACUGCACUCACUGUCAGAGCACCUUGAGGCGCAUCUGCGCUGGCCCUCGUACAAGGCACUCACAGGCAGCGAGGUGUUGCAGUGCUUCCUGUAGCCACGCCUCAAAUCCUUCCUCUGGAUGCAGCCUUAGCACCUGGCACUCUUCAGGAAUAUCAGAUGCCCUUUUGGAAGCAGCUCCCCGCUGGCAGGCUGCCACCACAUGAUCCAUCAGCAGGCAGAGUUGUAACGCGGCCUGAGGUGCCACCACAGCAUCCCCUGUGAUCAGCACUCGCAUUUCCUUGGAGGAGGGGUCACCCAGGCACCCUGAACGUGCCCAGGGACUGCUCCCCGGUGGAGGGGCUGCCCUGCCUGCCCCAGAGCUGCCCCCAGGGUGGCUCAGCACCAGCUGCUUGGUGGCACAACCAGUCCCUCACCUGCAGCCAGCAACCUUGGCCCUCGCUGGUGCCUGAUGAUUCCAGCAGCUCCAGAGCGGCCCAAGUGCAAUUCCAGCUACUUGAGCAGCUUUCCAUGACACUGGCACUUCAGGGAAGGCACGCAGCAAAUGGAAAGCAAACAACAGGGAGACGGCUUCUCACCAGGAUAAUCAUCUCUUUUACAGGAUGCUGUCCUUAUAAAUAAUGCACUUACCCUUAAUAGAAAGGAAAUCUGUUCAGUGCUACUGUCUGGUGAGAGAUGGAGGGAGAUCUCUCUCCAGAGCUCUGCUGUACAUUUAAUAGGCACAAUACUAAUACAUUGUAAAAAUAAAGACUUCUUCACCAAAAUAAAUUCAUGCUAAGCUGUGCUAGAGUUUUAGAGCCACUGACAGUGAGUUUCCAGCUAAGUUACCAUUGAUUCUUUGACUUGAUUUUGUGUAAUAAAGGCACUCCAGUUUGGGACUGGCGUACUCUGCAAAACUGUUUUACUUCUAUUUAGGAGUUAAAAAUACAUUUGCUUUAUAUUUUCUCCAGGAAACAAGAUUAAUCUGAGUGGGUAUGAUGUGACUGACUUGGUAUUCUAAUAAUGGUUCAAAAGACAUUAACUGCAGCACAACUUUGUAAAGUUGACGUUUCUGGACUAAGGCACAUCAGUAUUCCCAAAUAAAACACACUACAGUAUAUUUUUACAAUAUUUUUUGUGGAAAAUAUUUUCUUGUGGACCAAAUAAAAUUCAACUUGCCAUCUGCUUGUAUGCCUUUUAUUUGAAAAAAACACAAGAUUGCAAAGAUUGGACAGGAUCUCAUUACCUUGAGCUUGGGAUAAUUCCUGUUCACAGAAAUUCUGGAAGCAACUGAACAUGCAAGUCAAAGUUUAUUAAUGCAUAAGUAUGUUCUUCCUAAGAUCUUGUACAAUCAGAGCAGCCAUGAAUCCCUACUCCCCGGGAAUCACUGUGUUUUUCAUUUAAUAUAGUUGGUUGAAAAUUGCUCCUUUCAUACAAAAAUAAUGGAAUUAUUAAGAUAACAAAUCUUUUAAAAAAAUUUAAAAUAGCAUUUUUUUAUGAAUGUAAAACAUACAAAAAUUUUAAAUAAUACAGGGCGAGGUUUGCACUUCUUAUGGGACCAGCUUGAGGCAGAAAGUCACGUGACACUUUCAGAAUUACCCCAGAGGUUUUAAUGAAAUCUCAAUUUUGGAACUACACUCAAGGACGGUCCCAUAACAAGUAUGUCCACAGUAACAUACACUUGCAGCUGAAAUUUUAACAAUUUCAUCUUACAAGACUCUAGUGCCAAAACAAGGUGCCAUUUUCUCUUGAUUUGGCUCUCCAUUUGCUCACCUCUGAUUUUUUGAAAGUCACUCUUGGUAGUUCACCUUGAUGCCUGAAUUUCCUGGCCUUUGUUUCCAGGCAACAGCUCCUAGAAAGGAAGGAGCCUUGAGCCACUGCAGGCCAUUGCUGUUGGUCAUAAAAACUGCCCAACGUUCAAAGCUCUGCAGUGGUUCUGCUGCAGCUCUGACUCUUUGAUUCCCCAGUGCUGGUUACUGACUGUGGCAUUUGAACAGAAGUUUUCUUCCUUUGGUCUUCAGAGAAGCCAAAAUUUGUACUUGUGACCUGCAUGUAAGUGUAGAAGUAAGCAGAAAGAAACGCUGCGGUGUGAUCUCACGAAGCAUAAAAAAGAAGGCGUAAUGUUGAAGAAAGAUUGUAGCUGUCUGUAUACAAAAGAAAAAAUCAUUUCCCUCCCACAAACACUUGUAUCAGGGGGUUCUGGUUAUGUUGUGUAACUUCAUGUAUUAUCAGCAUCAGAACCCCACCACCUUGAGUGCACUGGAAACUGCUGCUUGGUGUUCACAGCAAGGUUUGAGGCACUUGUUUCUUCACCACUCUAAGACCAAGAAAAACCAGCAAUUUUCUGAAAUGGUGAAAUACUGAUUAUGCAGUUGAAUCAGACAUAAUGACAUUUUAAAAAGUGGGCUAUGCAAGCAAAGAGAAGUGUGCUUCAGGCUCUGGCAAGAUUAUCACAUUUGAAGCAAUGUUUACAUCACACAGCAAGGCUGAAAAAUGAGAAACGUUUAAUCAAUAGAACAAUUUCUUGUUCUCAGACUAAUAAUGUAUCAUUCUGAGCUUUUAUUUAAAAGGAUAUUUAACACCAUGGAUUCUGUCUUGCAUUUUCCCUUGUAGCUCUGACUGCAUUGAAGGUUUAACCAUAUUUUAUUUUCAUUGUACACAGAAGAAUCUGUGGCACAAUCCCAAUUUACCAGAUCAGUGACAGAGCCAAGAACACAAAAGGUCCCUUGACUUUUUGCUUAUUAGGUCACCCCUUAAACUGUGCUCUUUUCCCCAAGGGCUCCUCCUAACCUAAGAGUUGAUGCAAAAAAUUAAAUGUUAAUCACUGUGUAAAGCAGUAAAAAUAAUGAUUUGCCUUGAAGUGAUUUUUCCCAUUAUUAAUCAGAGGUACAAUUAUUUUCUCAUUACAGAGAAUGUUCCUGAAUGCAAAAAAAAAAAAAAGAAAAAA